CGCCGCUCGCGGCGCCGUGGCCGCGCUGCCUGUUUGCCGCCGCAGUUUCCAGGCGCCGCGGACGGCAGAGACGCCGGGCGGCCGCGACCUUUCUGCGUCCUUUUUCGAAGCGGUACUGAGGGUGGGUACCGGCCCGCCGCGCCUCGCUCCCGGGGCUCCGCCGCUGGGUUGGUGCCUCCGCGGGCAGCGGAGGCGAAUCUGCCGGCCGCGUCCUACCGCUAGCGCAGUUUGGGCGGUUGUCAGGGAGAAACAAGAUGGCGGCCGCAGCGACGGAGGAGGACACGGAGCUGCGGGACUUGCUGGUGCAGACGCUGGAGAGCAGCGGGGUGCUCAAUAAGAUUAAGGCAGAGUUGCGGGCAGCUGUUUUUUUGGCAUUAGAAGAACAAGAGAAAGUAGAGAACAAAGCACCUCUGGUAAAUGAAAGCUUGAAAAGUUUUUUAGGUACAAAAGACGGUCGCUUGGUAGCAGGUCUCGUUGCAGAAUUUCUACGGUUUUUCAAUCUUGAUUUGACAUUGGCUGUUUUUCAGCCUGAAUCAAGCACACUAAAUGGCCUUGAUGGUCGAGAAAACCUAGCUCGAGAUUUGGGAAUUAUAGAAGCAGAAGGUACUGUGGGUGGUCCCCUGUUGUUGGAGGUUGUUAAAAAAUGUCAGCAGAAAAAGAUUUCAGGCAGUGGGGAAGUGGCUCCAGUUCUAAGUGAUAGCCUGUGUGCCACAUCAAAAUCAUCUGAUGGAAGAUUAAGUACAAACCCCACACCAAAUAAGGAUGCUGAAACCACUCAAAGUGAUACAAGUGUCUCAUCAGGGGAAGCAAGCAAAAAAAGCAUUCAUUUUCUGCCUAAUGAAACAAAACUAGAUCCUCAACUAGAAAACAAAGACUUAAAUACCAAAGAAAAAAGCGAUCCAGGUGUGGAUGAAGACGAUGUAGAGGGAGAUUCUUUUUUUGAUGAUCCUAUACCCAAACCAGAAAGAACUUAUGGCUGGCCCUUUGAUAAAAACAGUGAUGCUGAUGGAGGUGCAGGAGCUCUGUCUGUGAAAGAAGGCAGGCAGAAGUCUUUGCAUAGGAAAACUGAAGCUAAUAAAGCAGGAGGUCUAGCAUCCCUUUCUGAUGCACCACCUAUAAAAAGUGGAUUAAGCUCCCUGACUGGUGCACCUUCGCUAAAGGAGUCUGAUAGUAAUUUGAAUAGAAACUCUGUUUUGAAAGACCUGCUUUUGGUGAAUGUAAAACUGGGAUCACUAGAAUUAGGAAAUGGAGAUGACGAUGAGUAUGCUGAUGACUUCAACAGUACUAGCCAUCGCUCAGAAAAAAGUGAUAUCAGUAUUGGUGAAGAAAUAGAUGAAAUUUCUGUGGAAACAGAAGAGUCAAAUGCCAGUGAUAAACUUGAAGGCAUCACACAAGACCUUACCAUUUCUCAGUUAAGUGACGUUGCAGAUUAUCUAGAAGAUGUGGCAUAAAACUGGACAGCAAAAGUGUUUCAUUGUGCUGGACUAGAAGACUGCUGUGGACUGUUAAUUUCAGACAAUCACUAUUUGCUGGAAUGUCCACUCCCUAUUUGUGCCUUGUGUUUCAAAAAGACUGUAGGUGGAGAAGGCUUUUAAACACUCUUUAACAAGAACUAAAUGAAACGGUGCGUUCCCAUUUGAGUCUGACGUCAGAAUUACUUUCUUCAUUUGGUUCAGCCAAAUCUUUUACAGCAGGAGAUGAAUUUUCCAAGCAGAAUGCCCGUUGCUGGCAGUGGGCAUAAUAAAACCCAAUUGAUAAGAAAACAUUGACAGAGAUGCAUGUGGCUUUAUAGUGAACUUGCACUGCUAUUAUAACAGUCUAAUUUUUUUUUUUAAAGAUAACCAAAGCAAGAACCUUCAGAGGUAGCAGUUGAACUCACACUUCUUUUAACACAACUUUGUCAAGUCAGCAAGUAGUAUGUAUUUAUAGUAACUCUAGCCACAAUACCUAAUUGCUCCAGACUUACUUGAAACUGCUGUUUUUGAGACUCUUCUGAAAGUUGGAAUUUAUUUUUUUUUUAACAGCAUAUCAAAUUGAGAGGAGCUAAAUUUAGCACUAGUCUUAACACCGGAUAUUCUUGUUUAAAUGUUUGUCAGGCCAUUGAUGUUAAGACCUAAGCUGUUUUUAUGUAUGAUAAUUUCUUUGAUGUUAUCUGUUGUUAAACCAUGAAAAGUGAUUUUGUAAGGAUCCACAAAACAUUAACUAAAUCUUACUGGGUUUUGUUAAGUUUUUAACAGUGUGGUAAUGGUUUGUGGAGCUUUUAUUAUGGAGGGCUCUUCAUGUGCUCACUUUCAUUCUUGAAAAUACUUGUUAUGUAAAAAUGAGCGCCAAAAAGUGAAACCACUAGCGUGCUGUUUUUCAGAUUCUGACUACUGUACAGAAUUGAAUCCAAAUAUUUAAAGAUACCAUACCGAAGACAUUUAUGGACACUAAGCUCUAGCUAAGAGCAAAUUCUUGUAUUUUCAUUAUACUCUUGCAAAACAGGGUCAGUAAUGGAAACGUUGACAGCUCUUUAACGAUACUGUUGUACAUGGCGCUGCUAUAAUAUAUAGGUCAUGGACAUUUGUAAUACAGAAACAAGACUUCAAAACGUGCACUUUCUGAACAUUGUGAACACAUUUGAAAAAUAUACAUGUAAGUGAAUAUAAAUAACUUAAUUUUUUUCUUUUUUCCUUUUUUUUUUUUUGGCUUUGUAAUUUUUUUCAGGAACACUGUUGGCCUCUCAUCAGUGCUCACCACAGUGGAAGUAGCAUGCUAAUCUAAAGCCAUUGGUUAAGCAUAUAGAGCUGCUACUAGCAUUGGAUGCUGACUUAAAUCUUUUUCUUGCACUGGGCCAGCAGGCAUGGAGCAGUGCAGUUAGGCUUGUACAGUACAUAAAUGAUUUGAGAGGAGAGAGGAAAAGUGUGCCUUUUAUUUAUGUGCACCCCAAAACAGCCAGCAGAAAAGCAUCAGGAUAUUUAGUAAUGAUGUUAAUUUUUAACUUUGUGCCAUAUUGUAGCAGCUGAACACAGAGGAGAAUUUUUUUCACCCCAAAAAAUCAAUGUGCCAUAGGUUACAAAUAGCGACAAUGUUGUAACAUAGGAUAUAUCCUGUGUAAAAUAAAUUUUUUUCUCAUUUUUUUUUAUGUAUGGGGGGAACCUGUGCCUCGAGAUACUAUGUAUAAAAAAUUUGGUUUGGGCUUUUUUUGUUUUGUUUGUUUGUUCCUUUUUUAAUAAGAUCAACAGCAUGUCUGAAGGAAAUAAAAUUCCACUUGAACACCUGGGAACAUUUGA